AUGGGGUGCGGUGCCAGCAAGGAAGAUACCGCCGGGAAGGCAAGAAACGAUGAAAUCGACAAUCAACUCAAGAGGGACAAGAUGGCCCAGCGCAAUGAGAUCAAAAUGCUCUUACUCGGCGCUGGUGAAUCUGGAAAGUCUACAAUUCUCAAGCAGAUGAAGCUCAUCCAUGAGGGCGGUUACUCGCGUGACGAACGCGAAUCAUUCAAAGAGAUCAUCUACUCCAACACCGUUCAGUCCAUGCGUGUCAUACUUGAGGCCAUGGAGUCGCUGGAGCUGCCCCUGGAUGACCAACGAGCCGAAUACCAUGUCCAGACCAUCUUCAUGCAACCACCACAAAUAGAAGGGGACAGCCUGCCCCCCGAGGUGGGCGCGGCCAUCAAGGCCCUGUGGCACGAUGCUGGCGUUCAGGAAUGCUUUAAACGGUCAAGAGAGUAUCAGUUGAACGAUUCGGCACGAUACUAUUUCGAUUCUAUUGACCGUAUUGCCGCCCACGACUACCUCCCGAACGACCAAGAUGUUCUCCGAUCUCGAGUCAAGACAACUGGUAUCACUGAGACCACCUUCAUCAUUCAGGACCUCACAUACCGCAUGUUUGACGUGGGUGGACAACGAUCUGAGCGAAAGAAAUGGAUCCACUGCUUCGAAAACGUCACCACCAUCCUCUUCUUGGUUGCCAUUUCAGAAUACGAUCAGUUGCUCUUUGAAGAUGAGACGGUCAACAGAAUGCAAGAGGCGCUCACACUGUUCGACAGCAUUUGCAAUUCUCGAUGGUUCAUCAAGACCAGCAUCAUCUUGUUCCUCAAUAAAAUCGACCGAUUCAAGGAGAAGUUGCCUGUUAGCCCGAUGCAAAAUUACUUCCCUGAUUACGAAGGUGGUCCCGAUUAUGCCGCCGCCUGCGAUUAUAUCCUGAACCGAUUCGUGUCGCUCAACCAAGCAGAGACCAAGCAGAUCUACACGCACUUUACCUGCGCCACAGACACCACACAGAUAAGAUUCGUGAUGGGAGCGGUCAACGACAUCAUCAUUCAAGAGAACCUUCGGAUGUGCGGUCUCAUAUGA